CAGUGCAAUGUUUUUGCAAAAUAUGAGCAAAAAUAUCAUCGAAAACGAAGAAUUACAGCAAUUAUGGGUGUUAUUAGAGAAGUCAUGUUCGCAGACAUCAGAGAGCUAUGAAAAACAACGAAUCGAUUACUUGGAGUAUAAAAGGAUUCGUGGAUUACUUGAUCCCAAAUCUAAAGCAAAAGAGUACUUUACGGCCACUGUUUUUGCCAAACUUCAAGACAACGAUCCGAAUAAAAAGAUUUCAAUUUUAAAUUUCUUUAAUUAUGUGAUGAGAAAAGUGUGGUUAAGACAGACUCGGAUCGCCCUCUCCUUGUAUGACAUCACAGGCCAGGGAUUCCUUAAGGAGACGGAUUUGGAGAAUUAUAUACAAGAAUUGAUUCCAACUCUAUCUCAAUUGGAUUCAUUGGACAAAGCAUUUCAUCCGUUUUACAUCUGUAUAGCCGUCCGUAAGUUCUUCUUCUUCUUAGAUCCACACAAACACAACAAAAUCAAAAUCGUCGACAUUUUGGGCUCCGGUUUUCUCGACGACUUACUAGAACUUAGAGACGAAGAUCUGAACAAAACCCGAGAAGAGGCCAAUUGGUUCUCCGCCACCAAUACUUUACGACUUUACAGCUCGUAUUUGAGGUUAGAUGAGGACCACAACGGAAUGCUAUCCAAAACAGAGCUAAUGAAAUAUGGAAAUCUAACGAACCUUUUCAUUGAAAGAGUAUUUGAUGUCUGUAUCACAUAUGACAGGGAAAUUGAUUUUAAGACUUUUGUGGAUAUAGUGUUAGCUCUGGAAAAUCGCAAAGAAGUUCAGUCCAUAUACUUCUUGUUUUCAAUACUAGAUAUCAAAAGUCAACGGUUUAUCGAUUCGUUUACUAUU